GGUGAAAUCAAGAUGAAGGAACUUCUGUUAAUAAUCGCCUUGAUCGGAUAUGUCUUUUCCGAACUCCCGCCAGAGCUAGAAAAAGAGUAUCGUAUCAUCGGAGGAAUGGAAGUAGAUAAUAUAAGAAUUGUUCCUUGGCAAGUAUCGAUUCAAAAAGAUGAUCAUCAUGUUUGUGGUGGUAUUAUCAUCGAUGAAGAAAAUGUGCUAACUGCAGCACAUUGUGUGGAAGAAUAUGAAAAUUUUGGAUCUAAUGGAAUAGGCGACAACCUUAAAGUUCGUUAUGGAGAUGCAAACUGGCAAUUAGGCAAGUUUAGUUUAGUAAGAGAUGUCUAUAUUCAUCCAGAUUACAACAAUGUGACACAUGAUAGUGACGUGGCUAUUCUGUGGUUAAAAACUAAAAUAAUAAGAGGGACCAAGCACAAGAAAAUUACAUUGGUUUCAGAAGGUCAUGAUCCUGAACCUUAUUCAUCUGCAAUUGUUACUGGCUGGGGCGCUACAAAGAUCAGAAAAAAAACAAUCAAAAUAUAA